AUGGAUGGCACUGGCUCGGCUCCAGUGGUGGAAGCCUUGAAGGCUGUACCGCCAACAACCAACUUGUCCGAAAAGCGUGCUGCUAUUGCCGGUCCCUCGGGGCUAAAGGGUCUAAUUAGCAAUAAGAAGACCUUUUCGAUUGGCUUAUUUGCUUCUCUGGGUGGUCUUGUUUAUGGGUACAACCAAGGAAUGUUUGCCCAGGUUUUGACCAUGACUUCUUUUAUCAACAAAACCCAAGGAUAUGCUGCUACAACUGGUACUGGACAAGGUCUAUUGACAUCAGUCCUAGAGCUAGGUGCUUGGGUCGGUACCCUUUUCAACGGUUACCUUGCAGAUGCUGCCGGUCGUCGAGCCACAGUGUGUAUUGCUGUUGCAGUGUUUGUGGUUGGUGUAAUCGUACAAGCAUGCGUCGAGAACAAAAACUACAUUUUCGGCGGUCGUUUUGUCACUGGAUUGGGAAUCGGUAGCUUGAGUAUGGUUGUGCCAUUGUACAACGCUGAACUUGCUCCACCCGAGAUCCGUGGUUCGCUUGUUGCAAUCCAGCAAUUGUCCAUCACAUUCGGAAUCAUGGUUAGCUUCUGGCUCGGUUACGGUACCAACUUCAUUGGUGGCACCGGCGAGGGACAGUCUAGUGCAUCAUAUUUGAUCCCCAUCUGCAUCCAGAUAUUGCCUGCUUUGGUUCUCGCAGCAGGAAUGCUCCUUUUUAUGCCCCAGUCUCCUCGUCAUCUGAUGAAUAAAGGUCGGGAAGAAGAGUGCUUGGCCACUUUGGCUCGUCUUCGCAGCUGCUCGCAGGAUGAUCUUACAGUCCGUGUUGAGUUCUUGGAGAUCAAGGCUCUUCACAUGUUUGAAAAAGAGACAUCCGCUCGAAAGUAUCCUCAGUGGCAGGAUGGGUCUACUAAAAGCAAUUUCAUGAUCGCCCUGACUGAUUAUAAGUCCCUGAUCACCAACAAGUCGCUGUUCAAAAGGCUUUCGGUUGCUUGUCUGGUCAUGACCUUCCAACAAUGGAAUGGUAUCAAUGCGAUCAACUACUACGCGCCCUUUAUUUUCGAAGACAUGGGAUUCACUGGUAAUUCUGAAAGUCUGCUCGCAACAGGAGUUGUGGGCGUUGUUGAAUUCCUCGCCACCAUUCCUGCUGUACUAUUGGUUGACAAAAUUGGUCGCAAAAAGAUCCUCAUCACCGGCGCCAUUGGUAUGGCUGUCUGUCAUUUCAUUGUUGCCGGUAUUAUUGCAAGCUAUACGGGGCGCUGGAAUGAAAACCGCGCAGCUGGUUGGGUGGCUGUUGUCUUUGUGUGGAUCUAUGUCAUCAACUUCGCCUACUCCUGGGGACCGUGUGCCUGGAUUGUCGUAUCAGAAGUCUUCCCUCUGAGCAUGCGUGCGAAGGGUGUGUCCGUCGGUGGAAGUUCCAACUGGCUCAAUAAUUUCGCGGUCGCUAUCUCGACCUCCAAAUUUAUUUCCAAGACCUCUUAUGGGGCUUUUAUCUUCUUUGGACUGGUCACUACUAUUGGUGCUUUGUAUGUAUACUUCUUUGUCCCCGAAACCCGUGGUCGCACGCUUGAAGAGAUGGACGAGAUCUUUGGAGCAACGAGCUUUGCAGCGAGCGACGAGGAACUUCGAGUGCGUAUUGAGCAGGAGAUUGGGUUGUAUGCUCUCCUUGGCGCGGGAGAGGGAGAGUCUGUCGAAUCUGAGAAGACGAACUCGGAGUACAAGCAGGUCGAAACUGAGCCUGCCUUGGAGGCUGUCUCUUGA